AUGUAUAUGUGUUGGUGCUUUGUCAAUCGAACGUCAAAAAUAUUGACCAAAUUUCAAAUAUUUAAAUAUUUUUAAAAAAAUAAUUCGAAAAUAAUAAUGAUAAAAAAUUCAUUAUUAUAAUUCUUCUAAUAAAAACUCCAAUUAUAUUCGAUAAAAUCGUUCAAACUAAUCAUGGCUUUUGAUUUAUUAAUAAAUUUUUUUGAUAAUUUUAUAAAUCCCGUGAAAAUGCAUUACUUUAUCCGUCAAUUUUUGUACAAGUAUUAACAGUCAUACAUACAUACCUCAGCCGAAUUAAUAUUGACAAAUUAAUUAUUUAAAAAAAUAAUUAACUAAACAAAAAGAAUACAAAUAUUUACAUAUUAAAUAAAUCAGGUAUCUAAUAAAUUUAAAAUUAAUAAACUAUUUAAUUUUAUUUUUUUACAAACUACUAUUCAAGUAGUUAAAAAAUCAACAUGACAAUUUUCAUAAUAAAUAGAUGAACUAUUAUUGACUGUCACGUUACACUCUAAUAAAUAAAUAAAAAAAUUUUCAUAAAUAAAUAUGAAUUAUAAAUUAAACAAUUUAAUUAUCAUUCCAAGUAUUUAUUUAAUAAUUAAAAAUCAUCAUUUGAUAUUUGAUGAAAAUAUUGAUACAUAAUUUCGAAAUUGUAGUAAUUAAAAUUGACCAAUUUAAUUACAAAAUAAAAUCAACAUUCACUAUCACUUGGCACAUUGUUUUCAUCACGUGGGUUAAUUUUUUUUAUAACAAAAAAAAGAAGAGAAAAAAAAGCAAUAAAAACUGGCUAACUGGUGUUAAAUUUAAACUCAAUUGUAUUUAUUAAUAAUAAUAUAAAUAAAUAAUUUAAAAAUGGGUAAAAAAAGAGGUGUACAUGAGACAACACCAGAAUUGCGAAAUCGAAUGGUUGGAAUGUAUGAAGCUGGUCUUGGUCUUCGUGAUAUUGCUGCAGCAGUAAAUUGUUCACAAAGAACAGUAAAACGUUGGCUAAAUCGUUUUGAUAGAGAAGGAACAGUUGAAACAAGAGAAAGAUGUGGUAGAAAACGUGCAACAACAAGUGAACAAGAUGAAGCAAUAAUACAACUUGCAACACAAACACCAAUAACAGCAGCUAAAACAGUAUUACCAGCACUUGGUUUAUCAUGUUCAGUUGAUACUGUACGUGAAAGAUUACAUAAAGCUGGUAUACAUAAUUGGAGUCCAUCAAAAAAACAUAUACAAAGAAUUCCAAUUGGUGAUGCUGAUAGUAAAACAAUUCAAAAAUCAGUAUGGCGUCCAACUGGUACACAACUUGGUAAAAAAAAAUUUAAAAAAAUAAAUGAUAAAUUAAAUAAAUUAAAUAAACAAACAGUUAAAAAGAAAAAGAAAAUUAUACUUAUCAAAAAUAAAAAAACUAUACAAAAUGAAAAAGCUAAUGAAGAUGUUAAUAAUGAAACAAAUGAAAGAGCCACAUCAAUACAAACACAGUUACCAUAUGAAAAUUAUAAUAUAACAAUUGUUGAUGAUUCAGAAAGAUCAAUAAUACAAAAUAAUAAUCAAAUACAAUAUAGUAAUACAUUAGAAUUAGCUGAAUCAUCAAUACCAUUGUAUGAAAAUCAUUCACAAAUAAAUACAUCACAAAAUUGGCCACUUGAUUUAGUUCAAAGUUCAAAUAAUAAUAAUGAUUAUGCAAAUAAUCAACAAACAUGUGAUUCAUCAGUGCCACAACUUCAUGAACUUUAUCCAGCUUCAAGAAAUCAAGUUGAUGAUGUUCAUAAUCAACAUGUGCAUCAGCAAAUUCAAGAGCAUCAACAACCAAUUGAUAAUACAAAUCAAAAUUCAAAUUCAUCUAGGGAUAAUAGAAGAGAAUUAAAGGAUAAUAAUGAAUUGACUGAUGAAGAUAAUGAUGAAGAAGAUUGUGAUGAUGAUGAUGAUGAUGAACAAGAGAAAGCUAGUUCAAAUAAUAAAAAAAUAAAUAGUAAAAAAAAAGGUGGUAAAGCAAAAGGUACACUUGAGACAUCAAUUGAAAUAAGAAAUCGUAUGAUUGGUAUGUCAGAAGCUGGAUUAUCAACAUUAUCAAUAGCACUUGCAAUAAAUAGAUCUGAAAGAACAGUUAAAAGAUGGCUUGAACGUUGGAAAAAAGAGGGUAAUGUACAAACUAAGGAGAGAAAAGGUAGAAAAAGAAUAACAACUAAAGAACAAGAUGAUGCUAUUAUACAAAUGGCAACUGAUAAUCCAUUAACUGCUGCUAAACUUGUUGCACCAGCACUUGGAUUAAGUUGUAGUGUUGAUACUAUUAGAGAAAGACUUCAUAAAGCUGGUAUUCAUAGUUGGAAACUUGGAAAAAAACAAGGAGAAGGUAAUGCUGUUCAUACGGUACACCUUUGGCAACCCAGUGGAAAUCGUUCAAGUAAAACAAAACAAAUUAUUGAAAAAAAGAAAAAAAUUGCUAAAAAAAAAAAUGAAAUUACAAGUAAAAUUUUAUCAUCAACAAGUACUACCAAAAAAUAUACGUCAAAGAAAAAAAAUAUAACGAGUUUAGCUAAUGAUACAUCAACAGUACCAUGUGAUGAAAAUAUUAUUCAAUUUAAUAAUUCUGAAACUGUAGCAAAUUAUUCUGAAGAUGUAAAUUUACAACAACGUGUUGAUAUACCAGUUGCAACUGGUUUAGUUAUUUCAUCAAUACCACCAUCAAUACCAAUAAUGAUACCAAGAUCAGAUUGUCGAAUGACAACAACAGUACCAUCUGCUAAUUUAAUAUCAUCACAGCCAACAUCAACAAUUGCUUAUUCAUCUUGCAUGAUUAGCAACACUGGUGGUACUCAUCAAAAUAACAUUGAUCAUCAUCAAACAGAUCAACUUAAUUAUGAACCAUACAUGUGGAAUUAUCAAAUGGAAUUUUCCAAUGUUUAAAGCAUUAUUUAUAUUUAUAAAAAAAUCUACUAAUAUGAUAAUAAUGUUACAAAUUUUUAUACAAAAAAAAAACAAUCAAAUGUCACGAAUGAUACUUCAUUUUUUUAUAUAUAUACAUACGUACUUUUUUUUAAAAAAUAUUAUUAAGAAACCGUGAUAAUCGAGUAAUUGAGUGAAAUUAAUUUGUUUAAUUUUUUACAAAUAUAUAUGUAUUAUUUAUUUA